AUGGUCCUGGCAGGAUCCGGCGCCGCCUCCGUGUGCGAGACGAACGCGACGCGCCCCAGCCCGGUGUCCGGCGUGAUUGGCGCCGCGUUCAGUGACGUCAGCAUCAACGUCGCUAAAAUUCUGCGCUUAUUCAAGAUCCCGCAGAUCAGCUACGCAUCCACAAGUACGGAGCUGUCGGACAAGACUCGGUUCGAGUACUUCUCGCGCGUGGUGCCGCCCGAUUACCUGCAGGCACAGGCCAUGGUGCACGUGGUCCGCGCACUGGGCUGGAAAUACGUCAGCACUGUGGCCGUGCAGGGAGACUACGGCGAAAAG